AGAUCAAUGGCCAAUCCCUACGCAUAGCGCCAAGUUCCUCUCACAGCGUCAAAAACAUGGCGGAGAACGACGCAGAAAUUGCAUUCAAAAAGGACACAGUAAGCAAACUUUUGUCAGGUUUCUUCACAGAGGACAAAACCAGACUAAGCGGUGACGCUGCGCUGCUCAUGGCAGAGAUGCUCAAAGUGUUUGUCCAAGAGGCUGCUGUGAGAUCACAGAAACAAGCUGAAUCUGAAGACUGUGAACAAGUGGACAUUGAGCACUUUGAAAAGAUCCUACCCCAGCUGCUGCUGGACUUCUAGCACAGUGAUGCCACAAGAUGGAGCCAGAGUAUCGCCUGCGUGUUCCUUCUGAAAUGGUUUAACUUCAGUUCUUACACCCACAAGUUUAGUUUAACUGAUGUUUAGAUUUUCUGUAUAACUGCAAUUAAAUAAUCACUUAAAUCUGAGAUACAUUACAUUAAGAUUCUCAUUCUGUCUGUAUUGGAGUUGUUAGAUUUUUAAGUGGAAAGCAGCCUCACGCCUCCCUGCCACCCCCAAUAAGGCCCACCUGUGCUCCUCCGUGCAACAACAGGUGCUUCCAACAUGCUCCAUGGCGCCCUUCAUCAAAGCCUCCUGGAGCAGUUGGAAGCAAUUAGAGUAAUAAGGGGAGCAGCCAGUCCCUUAGAUGAUGACAAGUGCCAGGAAAAAAGGAGUACCCCCUUCGGCCACUUUGAAGUUCCCUUUUGCUGUCCUGCGAUGUUUAGUUAGAGGUGGGGGGAAGGGCAAAGGGGACCUCUGGCACAGGGGGGGAAAGUUGAAUGGUAGUGUGCGUGCACGAAUGUGUGCAUGUCUUAGCCAAACAUGGCCAGAGACCACACGCAUAGAUAUUCUGUUUGAAAGGAAACAUAACAAAACACAUUGGAACAUGGUCCAAGAAGAGCAGGGUGUAAUUCUGAAGGUAAAUAAACAAAAGAGGUGAGUAGUAGAGGUGCUUUCUCUCCUUUCAUCACAGCAGAGGGGGAAGUUGGGGCUGUAAGGGCGAUGUUAAUGUGGGGUUUUCUAACCCAAGUGCCUCUGAUGGUUUUCCACCAGUGGUGUAUUUGACCAGCGUGUCUUCACUAUGAGUCAGCAUAGCUGCACAACACCUCACACUAUUUUUUUGUGUGGCUCUUGGGUGACUCACUACACUGACAAAUGCUGCUCACAUACAGCUGGAAGCAACUUGGGCUAAAGUCAAGAGUCCAGGCUUGGAUAGGUGCUCAAGGACGCGGCACCUGGAAUUUGACCCGGCACCUUUUUAGUAGGGCCCAGACUGGAUUUGUGUUUCCCAGGAGUAACUUCCACAGCAGGGCUUCAGGAGAAGGUGUGUUUGGUUGAGUGAUGUUUAGUUUAAUGAUGCUCUGAGGACCAUUAGGGCGCAUUUACUUUGUGAAGUAAAUAAUUUGUUGGGUUAGAAAUCACUGUCAUUCAUAGCAGCAAGUCCUGCCCUCUAGUUCUGAGUAGUACAAUACCCUUACGUGCCAACGCUUUGACAACCUACUCAUUCAGAUGAAAUGUUGCAAGCAAAUUUUUAUUACAAGAUAUGAAGCCAAAUGAUCUUGCUAAAAAGUACAACAUGAAUACCAUGGUAAGAAACAACUGUGUAAGGUGUAGUACUGUAUAUUGUAGUAGUAUGACUUCACCGUCAGUCCUUGCAGAUGAAAUAAAAACAAUUCUUUUGGA